AAAUUCGAGUAAUUUAUUAGCAAGAUUUAACUAGUUUCCCCAAAUCAAAACGAUUGAUUUUGCUUUGAGAAGCUCUGAUAAAAUCCAUCAAUCGGGAUAUCAAAAAGUUUUGAACUGAAUCCAGGCUACAGUAAUAUUAGUCCAUACACGAAAAUGGCUGCCGCAAUCACAGUCUCAUCAUUCCGAUUCGCCGCCGUAAUCGCAUUCCUAUUUGUCGGCAUUUUAUUGGCGUCGACCGUCGGUGCGAAGCCCAAGUCGCCGUCUGCGUUCGUGAAGAAGACAAUCUCAUCUCAUUCCAUCGUUAUUUUCUCCAAAUCUUACUGCCCAUACUGUAGAAGGGCAAAAGGUGUCUUCAAAGAGCUGAAUCAAGUGCCAUAUGUUGUAGAACUCGACGAGAGAGAGGAUGGAGGGGAAAUUCAAGAUGCCCUGAGCAAGAUUGUUGGGAGGCGAACUGUACCGCAGGUUUUCAUAAACGGAAAGCAUCUUGGAGGUUCUGAUGAUACUGUGGAAGCAUACGAGAGUGGAGCACUGGCAAAACUUUUAGGUCUUGCUACUGAGGAGGAAGAAGAACUUUGAGCCAUUGAUCUUUUUUAACUAUAUUUGCAGUAAAACUUAUACAAAAACAUUGUUGUACCUUAUGCUUUCUUGAUUUAUUCUAAAUUAUAGCCCACCAUUUUCAUGAGACCUCUUGUCCUAA